GCUCACAUAACCAGCCAGUCAGUCAUAAUGACCGAGGCGGAGAAUCAAGCAUGCGGAGUCGAGCGAUGCUGACGGAAUACGAGCAAACACUAACGCGACGGGUGCUCGGACAGUCUCAGGGGGAAAGAAACAUGUUUGGAGUAAAAAACAGCGACCUUUUAUCCUCCGUUUCCGCGACAGAGCGCAAAGGAGGAGAGUUUAGCAUUCAUCGGCGGAGUUUCAAUGAAAAGUCUGUCACACGGCACUGAGUCUUACUGUAAACAACAGCAGUUAUAGUAGGCUAUAGCUAGUACAGAUAUAUCAAGACACGCUUGACUUUAGAGUUUAUUCUCCGUUUACAAUAGUUUGUAGCUGCGUUUCUUGGCGGCUGGACUUUUCAGGAUGCAGGUGAAAAAGAGGAGCUCCGAGGACCCUCAGCGGGAUGAAAAGAAACCCUCGUGUUUCUCAAAUAUUAAGAUAUUUUUAGUGGCGGAAUGUGCUCUGAUGUUGGCACAGGGCACAGUGGGGGCAUACUUGGUGAGCGUGCUGACCACACUGGAGCGGCGCUUCAAUCUUCAGAGCGCUGAUGUGGGCGUCAUUGCCAGCAGCUUUGAGAUCGGCAACCUGGCCCUCAUUCUCUUUGUUAGUUAUUUUGGUGCUAAAGCCCACCGUCCUCGGUUAAUUGGCUGCGGAGGCAUUGUCAUGGCUUUGGGAGCGCUGCUCUCCGCAUUACCUGAAUUCCUCACCAGUCAAUACUUGAUCACAGACACAUGGAGCAAGGAAUUGGGGCGAGACGUGUGCUCCAACACCUCUAAAACUGAUGAAACAUGUGGGAAUAGAGCAAACACCAACAUGAUGUACCUGCUUCUGAUAGGAGCCCAGGUGCUGCUGGGUAUCGGUGCAACGCCUGUUCAGCCCCUGGGGGUGUCCUACAUAGAUGAUCAUGUGCGAAAGAAAGACUCCUCUCUCUAUAUAGGUAUACUCUUUUCCACACUAGUGUUUGGACCUGCGUGUGGUUUCAUCCUGGGAUCUGUCUGUACCAACUUUUAUGUGGAUGUUUUGCUCAUCGACACAACUGUCCUGAACAUCACUCCAGAUGACCCCCGUUGGAUCGGUGCAUGGUGGGGCGGCUUUCUCCUCUGCGGUGCCUUACUCUUCUUCUCGUCCAUCUUCAUGUUUGGUUUCCCCCAGUCCCUGCCCUGCAAGGAGGUGGAGGGAGUUCUGGAGAUUGAACAGGCCAUGCUGCCCUCAUCUUUAUCCCAGGAUUAUGAGAAAUCCAAGGCCAGCAAUGGAGUCGUGCAGAACCACCAGCCCAACAGCCUGUCCUGCUGCCAACAGCUCCGAGUUAUUCCCAAGGUGACCAAGCACCUCCUGUCAAACCCAGUGUUCACAUGUAUUGUCUUGGCUGCCUGUAUGGAGAUUGCUGUUGUCGCUGGCUUUGCUGCCUUCCUGGGCAAAUAUUUGGAGCAGCAGUUCAACCUCACCACCUCCUCUGCUAACCAGCUGUUGGGGAUGACAGCCAUCCCGUGUGCCUGUCUGGGCAUAUUCUUAGGAGGUUUGCUGGUGAAGAAGCUGAACCUGUCUGCUCUGGGAGCCAUACGAAUGGCCAUGCUGGUCAAUCUGAUCUCCACUGCGUGUUACGUGUCCUUCCUCUUCUUGGGCUGUGACACAGGACCUGUCGCUGGGGUGACCGUCGCCUAUGGCAACGAGACACUGCAAGUAGGCCAGAAGCCGGAAGCCCCCUGCAUGAGUCAUUGCAACUGCUACACUUCAUCCGUCAGCCCCGUUUGUGGCUCCAAUGGUGUGACCUACUUGUCCUCCUGUUUCGCUGGCUGCACCAGAGCCAUCGGUACCGGACUACCGCCACCUCCUCGCUUUCAGAACCUGACGAGAUGCUCGUGCAUCUCCGAAUACAAUGACUUUGCCACGGCUGUGCCAGGGAAAUGCCCGCGCCCCGGCUGCCAGGAAGCCUUCCUCACGUUCCUGUGUGUGAUCUGUGCCUGCAGUAUGAUCGGAGCAAUGGCCCAGACACCCUCCGUCAUCAUCCUCAUCAGAACUGUGAGCCCAGAGCUGAAGUCAUAUGCCCUUGGAGUUCUUUUUCUGUUACUGCGACUGUUAGGGUUCAUUCCCCCUCCUUUGAUAUUUGGUGCGGGGAUUGACUCGACAUGCCUUUUCUGGAGCACCGAGUGCGGGGAGAGAGGUGCCUGUCUGCUGUACGACAACGUGACCUACCGCCACCUGUACGUCGGCAUGGCCAUCGUUCUCAAAAUUGUGGCAUUCCUCCUCUACACAACCACCUGGCAAUGCUUGCGCAGAAACUACAAGAAAUACAUUAAAAACCACGAGGGAUAUGUCACGCCCACAGAAAUGAUCUCGUCCAGCAUGAACCUGGACAGUCUCGGUAAGGACAGCAGUCAAAGCCAAGUCAACAGGACUAAAUUUAUAUAUAACCUGGAGGAUCAUGAGUGGUGUGAAAACAUGGAGUCCGUUUUAUAGAGGGUUCACACACACACACACAUGCUGAUUCAAGCAUCAUUCUAAUCAAUGAUCGUCCUUUGAGUUUAGCUCUUGUUCCAGGAUGUGCAGGACUGUUGUUGCACUUUAUUGUAAACUCAUUCAAACUCUUCUACUGGGUCCAUCUUGUUUUUAGAAGUACUGUUUCUCCAGUGCCAGUAAAAUGUUGUAGUAGUUAGUUGAAGGCGUCUACUUGGUUGCCUCACUGUUUCAUUGACUGGUAGCUGGUUUGUUCAAUUUGCAGACAUGAUCAUAC